AUGAAUAACAACUCUUAUUAAACAUAUAAACCAUAUUCUAGAGUUCAGCAAUAAACCUAUAAUAAUUCUUAGAUCCUUUCAUAUGUUGGACAGGUUCUCCAGAAAUCUAGAACUAAUUACACUUAGCACAAAUAGCCUGAAUCAAAUCUCAUACCUAAUUCAACUUAGCAAAAUAUCAAUACUGUCUCUGAUAGUAAAAAUAAUAUGCGAUCAUCCAAAAUAACACCACAAGAAUAGAUCAUAGCAUAGAAAUAUGACACUACUCCUAUUAAAACUAUCCCCCUUCAUCAAUCAUAAUAAUAUAUAGACAGAUAACCAUUAAUUCCGUUAAUUCCGCUUAUGUAAAAUUUAAAAGAAUAGUAUAAAUAAGUAUACUUAAUUUGUUAAGAUAGAAAUAAGCCUUAUUAGAGAAAACAUCAACGAAAAAACCAGAAGAACGCUUCAAGAAUUUUAAAAUAAUAAAGAAAUUAGGAGAUGGAAAAUACAGUGAAGUAUUUCUAGCCAGGCAUUUAUAAACAGAAUUUUUAGUUGCUUUGAAAGUUAUUAAGAAGAAGUAAAUGAUAGAAGAGAUAAUGGAAGCGUAAUUGGCUUGGGAAAUUAAAAUUCAAUAUCUUCUUGAUCAUCCGAAUAUCACAAAAUUGUAUACAUUCUUUUAAACUUGUAAUUAAUUCAUUCAUUAUUUGAUUAGAAACUGAAAUUGUUUUGGUUUUAGAAUAUUGCCAUGGAUAAUUGUUGAGUUUACUUUAGAAAUAAUCAAAUUAAAAAUUUGAAGAAAAAGAAGCAUCCAAUUAUGUCCAUUAAAUAACGUUUGCAUUAAUGUACAUACACAAUAAUGAUGUUAUACAUCGAGAUAUUAAACCAGACAAUAUUCUCUUAAGUUUUGGAUAGGCUAAAAUUGCUGACUUUUCAUUUUGCGUUUACUCUCCUCACGCUUAUAGAUAAACAUAAUGUGGAACUAUCAUAUAUGCUUCACCUGAAAUCUUAGAAGGAGAUAUGUACGAUAAAAAAAGUGAUAUUUGGGGGUUAGGUAUCUUAACUUAUGAAUUAUGUUUUGGUAAACCUCCUUGGAAGGAGCACUAACAAGAAUUAAUGAAAACUGUAAGUCUCAUUUAAUAACUGUUUUUUAGGCUUGCUUUUUGAUACCAUCUUCAGCAUCUAAGGAAUUGAGAGAAUUUAUCGAAAGUUUAGUUAAAAGAUUACCCAGAGAAAGAUUAAAUGCAAAGUAAGCCUACAAUCACUCUUGGUUAUAAUAAACUUAAUAAAUACUACCGCAAUUUAUCCAAGAAAAUAUAAUCAUAUUUAAUUGA